AUGGCUGAGGACACAGCGUCGCGGCUCCUGGCAUCUAAAUCAAAUUACCAGAACAUUCUGGAAGGCAACUUGGACAGUGGAGCUGAGAGUGGCGAUAAAAAGGAGGCCAAGAACGGGAGCACCCCAAGCAGUAAGGCCAGCACUGUUGAGAUGGCAAUCGAAUACAUCAAGCAGCUGAAGCAAGAAAUUGCGGACGCCACCAAGCGCGCAGAGGAGGCGGAGAAAAAACUACAGGAGAAAGAGGCAUCCUCUGCCUUUGCCCCUGCCCCAUCCUCCUCCUCCUCUUCGUCGUCGUCAUCCUCUUAAGUUAUUGUUUUUUUUUCUCUCUCUGGCGUCUAUCAGGCCACGUAUAGCAACAAGGUAGCUGGAUCAGCAGACUUUCAAGUUACAGAGUGUGUCACAGGUUUUCAGACUCUCGACGACGACGUGUUGUUACACAUUUUGUCGCUUUAUUGCACACACUAAAAGGAUUCGGGGGUCUUGAGAUAGGAGUACUACCGGAUAGGUUGGCUACUUUUUUUGUUGUUUUGCCUCCCCGGUUUUUGUUGGCAUUUUCUUGUCCCUUUUGGUCAAGCACAUACCAUCAUCGUUCGAUCCGGGGCGGUCCAGAUAUCCUAUCUCGCAGUAGUAAGUACUCAUAAUUCUAAGUAAUUUACAAACUAUAUAUAUUAUGACAUACGUUGCUGCCCUCACACACACUGGGACAGUCACGAUGAGAAUAAGAGAAAAAGAAAAGUACAGCG